UAUACGGCGAGGGAGCGGUUCGAUUACCAAGUUCCCGAAAAAAGGAGAAGGUAGACGACAAAGGGGAACGAGGCAAAUUUUAAACGAUGUUUCGUCGUGGUCGCCGUCGACUAAAGUCACCAGGAAUUCAAGUCCGGAACUUUGCGGAUGUGUAUGAGAACGCCCGCUGUCAUACCGCCGGCGCGAUUGCGCAUGCGCGCGGCUUACACUUGACGGGCUCAAAAAAUCAAUGACCCCGCUCGGUCGUGAGUCUGCUCACAUCUUUUUCUCAACGAGCUAAGAAGAUUGAAGAAUAAAAUCAGGGAACAGCACGAAGGAAAACGUGGGACGAUCGCAGCACCGAUCGGAGUGCGAUCGAGGCGGAAAUUUCAGUUAGGAAUGAGACAGAAGCGAUCGAGGAAAAUGGACGGUAAGGGUGCAGCCCCGGUGGCGGCGCUGCUGUAAACCGGCCGAAUAGCGGUUCGGUGAAACUAGCCGAGCGACCUCGGCUCGUCUCGGCUCGCCGCGUUAGUUCGUGUUCUCUCGCAGCACACGGUGGACGUGCUCUAAUCCGCGACGCGUCUCGUGUCCUCUGUUCAAGGGAGAGAAGAAAAAAAAAAACUGACUGUUAUUCGCCACCGAAUCAGCGUGGAACACGUAAUUCAGUGAUUCGCGUGUAAACGAAAAACUGUGUUGCAAGCUGAGAAACAGAGCGGAACGCGUGUCUCGCGAGAACGACACACGAGGUCGUAAGUGCUCCGACCAACGAUAAAGUUUCGUAGUGACUUGUGUAAGAAAAGAAGAGGAAAGAGAAAAAAAGGAAAGCAGAAAUAAAGGGAAAAGUGGUGAACCAGAGGAGUGUGCAAAUAUACAUCGUUCGCGUCGUGUACGACUCGUUGAACCAGGCACGGUUCAACGGCGAGAAAAAUCUGGUAAUCGGAUCGAUUUUAGUUAGAACGCGGUUCGGUGAAUUGUCAGGGGAGAGUAUACCUCUGCCAUCGUAGCCGUCGCCGCGCUACACCGUCCAUCCACCUUUCGCGUUGCCGCGAGUGCACGGGAUAAAAUGGCGCUUGCUUUCGUCCGUGUACCUCUAUCGACCAUGACAAACAAUUUAACGACGGAAUCGCGUCGACGCCAGUCGCGACGUUUUUGAGCAGCGAACAUUUCGCGGCAUCGCUUCCCCUCUCCGCCCAACCCUCUUGCUUCGUUUCAUUCGUUUUAACACGUUCCGAUCGUUUUUCUCUGUGAAUCGAAACGCUACAUCGCCGCCAGCCACGAGUUCGCGACCAAGACACUUUACUUUGUCGGAGGACAAUCUUCCACAUCCGCCGCAUUCUUCCAGGGGAAUUUCGAUUGAGCAACAAGCACCAAAUAUUCGACAACGCUCCUGAGACGAGCCCCGGAGUCCCGUGGAGUGUGACGAGCGGGCGCGCGCGCGCGCGCCUCUGCCGAGGAAAAUUCAGGCGUCGACGAGAGGCAGGAAGAGGAGAAGAAGAACCAGUGGCUGAGGGGAGAAGGAAAAGGCACGAAAACGGAGAAAGCGGCGGGCGGAUCGCGCGGGGUGGCAGGGAGAGGAGGAAAUGCGACAAAUCUCGGCUCGUCAUUAAGGGAAGCGGCUCUUUGUCGGUGUACACGGGAGCAGGGGGGGCGGGGGGGAAGAUCGGACGGAGUGUUUCUGGCAAGGGGCACCUGACUGCUUCCGGUGGUGUAUCGCGGAAGGCGGUAAAUGCAACCGAGCCUAGAUUCGCCGCGAAUAGUUUCGUGGAACCGAGAGCCUACCGAUCGUACGAAAACCCCAGAUACGCAACGACGAGCUUUCAACGAGCGGCUUUAAUCGCCGUUAAUGGCCUAGGAGGAAUUCGGAGACGAAGAGUUUCUGUUUCAAAGAGAGAGAAAGCCAGAGAGGCUAGGACGGUAAGCGACAGUAACUGGUGGACAGACAAUAACGAAGAAGAAGAAGAAGAAGAAUAAGAAGAAGAAAGGAUAGCCAGAGGUUUAUUCGAGAAGCGAAGUUAAUUUUCGGAAGGGUAAGAAACCGCCAGUGGCGAGCACGGCACAUCUGGAAGGGUUGCACGACCUGGAGCAGGAGCAAGAGGAAGAGGAGGCAGGAGGAGGAGGUGGAGGAGGGAGGUGGUGGUGGAGGAGAAGACGAAGGUGGUAGUAGCGUUGAGAAGCUGGAGGAGUCGGGCGGCUACGAGGGUGGUUGCACGUCGUGGUCGCGUGACGUGCGGAAAGAGCAGACGAACCGUGGAGGAGGCAUGAGGAGGAGAGAGUGACGACGCUGCCGGUGCUGCAGCCUCGCACAGAUCGUGAGAGGACCGGCGGCCCCACGGUGGGGCUGCGAUAAGAAUGGCCCCCUUCAAUAUGGCGGGCGUAGCAGGCCUUCUAGCCACCUGCGCCGCCGCUGCUGCUUCCGCUGCCCACCUUCUGCCGUUGCUGCUGUUGCUAAUCUGCCCGCGAGGGACCCACGCGGAACAAGUUGUUCUCUUGGACACGACACAGGAGGAGAAGCUCGAGUGGACAAAGUAUCCGUUCGGCGCGGAAGCUAACACCCCAGGGUGGGUGGAAGAGUCGUUCACCAACUUCGACAAGGGCAUCAAUUGGCGGAGUUACGUCGUCUGCGACGUGGCGUACAACAACGUGAACAAUUGGCUAUGGACGCCGUUCAUCGAGAGGGGACCGGCGAACCGCAUGUACAUAGAAAUCCAAUUCACCACUCGCGACUGCUCCCUGUUCCCCGGGAACGCGCUCAGUUGCAAGGAAACUUUCAGUCUACUUUACUACGAGUUCGACGUGGCUACCAAGGAGCCGCCGCCAUGGGAGACGGAUAGUUACAAGUUGAUCGGACGCAUCGCCGCGGGCGAGGGAAGGUUCAACACUAAUACCGGGGUGGUGAUAAACACGGAGGUGAAGUCGAUCCCGGUGACGAAGAAGGGCGUGUACUUCGCGUUCCGCGAUCAAGGUGCUUGCAUCUCCAUCCUGGCCAUCAAAGUUUACUACAUCAGCUGUCCGGAGAUUUCCGUGAACUUCGCGCACUUCCCGGCGACGCCGACGGGUCGCGAAGUGGCGCUCAUCGAGCAAACGAUCGGCACUUGCGUGGAUAACGCGGUGGUCAUCGAGCAGCCCACCUUCCUCUGCAAGGGAGAUGGCAAGUGGUAUCUCCCCAACGGUGGAUGCCACUGCAAACCUGGCUAUCAGGCCGACGUUGAGAAACAGGCGUGCACCGAGUGCGCGAUCGGCAAAUUCAAACACGAGGCUGGAUCUCACAGUUGCGAGGUCUGUCCGGCUCAUAGCAAGUCGUCCGAUUAUGGAUUCACGGAAUGUCGGUGCAACGCCGGUUAUUACAGGGCCGAGAAGGACCCGAAGAAAAUGCCUUGCACACAGCCACCGUCGGCACCACAAAACUUGACGGUGAACUUCGUCGAUCAAUCAACUGUGAUUCUGUCCUGGAAUGCGCCACACAUGCUCGGUGGCAGGACUGACACGACCUACAGGGUGGUCUGCGAUGCCUGUAGCAUGGGCGUCAAAUACAUUCCCAACACCGAAGUUUUCAACGACACGAAGAUCACGAUAACGGGUCUUAACGCGGUGACCACGUAUCGAUUUCAAGUGUUUGCCGAGAACGGUGUAUCGGCGUUGGCUGGAAAGUCGGAAUACGUGGACAUCACCGUCACCACAGAAGCUAGCGUACCUAGUUUGGUGAGCAACGUCAGGAUUACAAGCGUGAAGAGCUCGGAACUGAGCAUCAGUUGGGACGCUCCAAUAACCGAAGUUGGUGGAGACAGCGAUCUGGUUGAAAGAUAUGAAGUGAGAUGUUACCCACGUUACGACGACGCUACCAAUGCCACAGUUAUUCAAACCUCCGAGUUGUCCGCGACGUUCAAGGGUCUGAAACCAUCGACGGACUACGCGAUACAAGUACGAGCGAAAACUACGCGAGGUUGGGGCGAGUACACGCCUGUAGUUUAUAAAAAGACGCCUCAUGCCAUGGGACUAGAUUACGUCGGAGAAGAUGACAACAUGCAAGUGAGGAUCAUAGCAGGAGCUAUCGUAGCUGUGGUAGUUCUUCUGGUGAUCAUUAUCAUCAUGACCGUACUGAUUUUAAGAAGCAGGGCCUCGGACGAAUGCAACAAGAAACAGCCGAGCGACUGCGACACGCUGGAGUACAGAAACGGCGAAGGACUAGUUGUGACCUACAUGCACUGCAAAAUGGACAGUUCACCGAUUGUGACAACCCACACCAACGACAAGAGCAAGUCCUCGCUGACCACGCCGCUGUUCACACCUGCAGUGGGAGUUGCCGCCGCGAGUGCAGGAGGUGCUGGUGGCGGUGGCGCGAGGAGUUACGUUGAUCCUCACACUUACGAGGAUCCGAAUCAAGCCGUACGAGAAUUCGCUCGUGAAAUCGACGCUGGAUACAUUACGAUAGAAGCUAUCAUAGGUGGUGGAGAAUUCGGCGACGUUUGCCGUGGAAAGUUAAAACUACCCCCCGACGGUCGAACGGAGAUCGACGUGGCGAUCAAGACUCUGAAACCAGGCUCCGCGGACAAAGCACGCAACGACUUUCUUACUGAAGCCUCGAUCAUGGGUCAGUUCGAGCAUCCGAACGUGAUAUUCCUGCAAGGUGUCGUGACCAAGAGCAAUCCAGUGAUGAUCAUCACGGAGUUCAUGGAGAACGGCAGCCUGGAUACUUUCCUGCGUGCCAACGACGGCAAGUUUCAGGUGCUGCAGCUGGUGGGCAUGCUUCGCGGUAUCGCGAGCGGCAUGCAGUAUCUCGCCGAGAUGAACUACGUACAUCGAGAUCUUGCGGCGAGGAACGUGCUCGUGAACGCCGCGCUCGUCUGCAAGAUCGCCGACUUCGGGCUUAGCAGAGAGAUCGAAAGCGCCACCGAAGGGGCGUACACGACCAGGGGUGGAAAGAUCCCGGUACGGUGGACAGCUCCGGAAGCGAUAGCGUUCCGAAAGUUCACCAGCGCUUCCGACGUAUGGAGCAUGGGCAUCGUUUGUUGGGAGGUGAUGUCCUACGGCGAGAGGCCGUAUUGGAACUGGUCUAAUCAGGAUGUGAUAAAGUCGAUUGAGAAAGGAUACAGGCUUCCAGCGCCGAUGGACUGCCCUGAGGCUAUCUAUCAGCUGAUGCUCGAUUGCUGGCAGAAGGAACGGACUCAUCGUCCGACCUUCGCCAAUCUUACGCAGACGUUGGACAAGUUGAUACGAAGCCCGGACACGCUGAGGAAAAUCGCGCAGAACAGGGGCACCAAUCCACUGGCGCCGGACGCGGUGGACUUGACGCAGCUGACCUCGGUCAGCGAGUGGCUGGCUUCCAUCAAGAUGUCACGGUACGCGGAGAGCUUCGAGAGGUCCGGAGUGACUACCUUGGAGGCGGCCGCGCGUGUCACCGUUCAAGAGCUGACGGCGCUCGGCGUCACGUUGGUCGGACACCAGAAGAAGAUAAUGAACAGCGUGACGGCGCUCAGAGCGCAGAUGUCCGCUACCUCGCAAGGCUUUCUCGUUUAAACCGCGUUGACGUUCGCGACCGACGCAGCGACAUUCGAUAGAGAAUCCCCAUUGACCAGACGACGUUCGUCGUUCGUUCGAGAAGCUCUCGCGUGUCGAUCGCCCUUUGAAACAGCUCCACCGAAGGCACCGACGAUCCAAGCAUCAUCCUAGUCACAGGUCGAUGGACUUGUUUUCUUCUUCGAAGGAAACGUGCCCUUGCCUCGCGGACGCCCAAGGCCACGGAGCAGCAUCAGGACAAAAGAAUCGAAAGACGCCGGAAGAGCUCCUCCGGCCAGUCUCGGAUAGAUCGACCGGCGACCGCAUAUCGCAGACAUUCCAACGGAAGAAAACAAAGAAUGAAACGGAACUCUCGGAAGACGACGAGAAAUUCGUCGCAACGAAAUUUCUGCGACUGCUCGUCGAAAACGAGUCUUCUUUGAGAUACGACGAGUUUACGAACGAAAAAGUAAAUCCUUGCGUAAACGCUCGCGUAAUCGUUUACGAACGAUCGAGGAAGCUCGCGACGGGAUCAACGCGCAAACGUAUACAUAUACACGCGACUCUGUGAGAACGAGAGUCAGCCAUUGACUUUGUCUUUCUCUUCUUCCUAGAAAAUCUUUCUCGCGCGAACUUGCGCCGAAAGGAACUCGAACUGCCACUGUAUUAAUCACUGCCGUAUGAAAUUCACGCGUGAAGCGAGAAGCAAUCGCGUUAAUCCUAUCUUAAACCCCCCCGAGAAACAUUUCGAAGCCUGGUUCACCGUGUCGAGACUGUUCUAACGCGCUCAAUUGUUGCUCACACGUACACUACAUUGCAUACACGAGACAACCGUCUUGCCAGACGUUUACGUUUUCGCAUACAGUCCAAAACGUUUACUGCAUUCUACUGUCAACGAAGCCAACUCUAUUGUUUUACAGUUGUUCCUAAUCUAUAUCGCGCGACGGUAUCCUUCGCGUCGAACGGUGAUCGGGUCAUUCAGCGAUUGAUGAUCGAUACUGUCAAGUGUCACCACGGUACAGACCAAUUGCACGAACAAAUAGACGGCCUAAAGUAUUAACGACCCCUCCCCGAGCAGGUUGUCUCGUCGUUUCUUCCAUCUACGCGAAUGUUUCGGACAACGAUUGAUCGUGUAAAACCGUAACGACGAUUCGAAAGGUCUAAUAUGUACGUUUUAAGAUGCGACGAGCGUGGAUCACGAGGGAGAAACGAGGAGAUCAACGUGUUCUCACAUUGCGAGCAUCUAACGCCGCAUCUUACGUCCUGUGCAGCGGAUAUUUUGUAGCUCUUAUUAAUAAAACUUAAUCGAUGUACAAAUACACGACACACACCUCACACGACGCCCAGACACCAGUCACACACGCAUGUAGAUAUUAUACGAGUAUCGAGAAUUGUUGCCCACUCCGCUCCGCUUUUGCGAAACGAUCGAAGGAGCAACAGUAAAGGCAAAUAACGUGAGACUGAAAGAAAAAAAGAAAACGAAAAAAAGAGCAAGAUCAUUCAAAAUUACUUGUAGAUGUUUAAAUAACGCGACGACAGAACGAAGAUUAAAGGAAUGAUACGAGAGGAUACGAUUCUUGCCUUCGCGUUACCUAUAUAAAGUAUAAUGUUGUAUACGCAAUCUGGUAUAGGUACUUGUCGAUUAAAACAAAUGGAAGAGAGAGCGAGAGCAGGAACAUGUGCCAAUAAAGGGAGAGAGAGAGAGAGAGAGUGUGCGUGAACGGGGGAAAAUGUUCUGCGUGAAAGAAACAGCGCACGCUAUCGCGCGUAGAAAAGAAUGAGUCCCUAUUAUAUACGUAUUAAACGAGAGAUAGAUUAUAUUGUGCGUAACGCGAGACAGAUUUGUCAGGAACGAAUCGGAUGGCCAACGAAUGAACGUUUGAAGAAUCGGAGGAAAGAUAGCGAGGUGAUCGGUGAAACGUGUCCCUCGACAUCAUGAACAUAUCAAGGAGCAUUUGAAAAAAAAGAAAAGGGUAAGAAACGAGAGCGGCGAGGGAGUUCGAGAUCGACGACGAGCGUACCGAGUAAAUUUUUUCAAAGCAACGACGGGCUAAAGAGUCGGCGUGAUGAUUAUGUAGAAAAGUAUUUCGCGAAAACACGAAAGCGGAUACACACAGAGACAGAGAGAACGUUAGCGAGAUCGGCUCUAAAGUAGUAAAUUUACUUUUUUCAACGAGUGCUGUUCGAAUUGUUUCGCAUCGCAGACGCAAUGUCCACACCCCAGCGUGCACGCGUAGCGACUUCAUACGAUAAUUUAGGUUAACGCUAUAACGACCGGUGACGUGACUAUGGUGUCAUAUGAUUUUCAGCGGUUAGCGACCGUUUAAAUACACGUAUCUGUUUAUAUUCAUUUACGUUUAGUAGUUCUACCUUCUUACUUUUCACGGAUCCACAGUUACUGACUGUUUCAUUACACGGUAAACUCUCUCUGGCCAGCCUCUGGAUAAACGAAUAAUAUAAUUCAUAGAUAAAUAGAUUUGGUGAAUAAUGUUACAUCUCUAACAAUAAGAAGCAUUGUACGAUUGUCAAGUGCUUUAUGUUCAGUCGUAUUCUGCUACAGAAAAGUCACGAUCCAUUUCUACAGCAAGUAUUGGCCGGAUAAGAGGCAACGUAGUAAGUCCGCUGUACAUAGUAAAAAUUAGAAUCUGUAAAUUCUUAAUAGAGUUCGCCGCUGUCUGGUGAAAGUCACUACUGUAAGUAACCGGUCGUUAUAGCGUUAAGGUGAGGAAUUUCUUAUAAGCGUCAAGUGCAUUUUAUAUCGAUGCAAUGGAGAAACAUGUUCCUAUUUUGCUAUACGCUAUUGAUUUUUCAAAUGUAUAUAGGAAAACAGAAACAUGCUUCGGUCGAAAACCUCUGACGCGCACUUAAAUGUAAGAAAUCUCGUCUUUAGGGAGAUGGAAUGGCUUGUUUCGUCGCGAUGGAUGGUCUGUAUCUUGUCUACAUCCACGUUCGCUGAUCGCAAAGACUGCUUCCCAGGCGCACCACGAACCUGGGAGACGACUCGUUUCAAACCGGCGAACGUUCGUCGAGUUAAAUCAAUGACGAGCGGCUCAAACGCUUCCAAGCAAGUCGGGGCCAGCCACGGGAAGAAUUUUUUUAAUUCUUUAAUUUAACGAAUUACGCUAGAGAUAUAGUUGACAGAGGCUCGACGCCUCGAUGGAUGGGCAAAGAGGGAAGAAAAGGAGGAGAAGAAGAUGCGACCGGUAGUCAAAAUUGCUCUGCGUGAUACAGAAAAUAAACGUAUGUAACGUGGAAUGUGUAAGCUCGUCUCAUCGGUGCGUCGGGCCUGUCGAUUAGGAGAUUCUUACACAAGGUCGUUCCGUUUGCAUUCGAAAAAUGCGAAGGAAAGUCCUGCGAGGCUAUCCGCGUUCGAUCGUACAAUUGUUUCGUGCGUGACACGUCGAAACGUCGCGUGCGAGCGAGCGCGUCCAGCCUCCGUUAGAGGAGAAAGAGAACGAAAAAGCUACUGAAGAAAAAAAAAAAUGGCGACGAUUAAGAAGCAAUAAGUGAAUACACGCAAAUGCAGAUUUUUAUAUAGAGAAUGUUAAAAAAUUUCAGAAAAUAUUAAUUAUCGAUAGCGCUAUCUUCCUAAAUGUUCGUAUUAAAGGUUAAAACGAGAAGUAAGAUAAAGCGUAAGGGGUGACGGAGUCACACGAUGGAGUCCCAACCGAACGAGACGGGAAAUCGUUGCGUUGACGAUUAUCGAACGAUACGCGAUAAUCGCACACGUGGGCGAAGUUGAAACGAAGGGGGAAAUGAUAAAAAUUUCGGCCGGGACUCCAGCAAAGAGGAGAGGGGGAAAAAAAAAGAAGAUUUUAAGAACUUUCAGCUGUAACUAUUUGUGUCUAGCGACGAACCUGCGAGUGCGACCUGAAGUUUUGAGAAUGUCGAUAGUUUCCAGUGAAUUAAUAUUUAGAUUUCAUAGAUCUCUAUCGAUAUUACACGAUCGUAGGCACGAAACGAGCAGAUGAUAAAAAUUAGUUAGAGCAUAAAUGAUAUCUUAUUAGAGAGAUACCUUUUCGAUUUUCACUUUUCAGUCUUUCGCGUUCGAACGCCUAGAGCUGUCCCUUUUUUAUUUCAUUUUCUUCUACUUUCUCUACUUCUUUCACUCCGAAGAACCAUCGUACGGCGCCUGCUUACAACACUUUCGAAGCUUUCGAUCAUACUUGAUGACCACGUAUUUUAAUUCUCUCCCCUGUUCUCUCUCUAGAUUUCCUUCUCACCGAUUUCAACACGCAGUGCGCUUUUACUUUUUAUUUUGUAAGAGACGAGAAUCCAAGAUACGAAACUGUCGAGAGAAGGAAGAGCGAUAGGAAAAAUAACUGCGUAAUCCGAAUCAAAAUUCACUACGAUUCACGCGAGAACGAACGAUACAAUAAUUGCAUUUCCUCUCCUGUCGUUUUCCUUUUUAUUCGUCUUGUUCUUCUCUUUUUUUUUAAUGUAUUAUUAGUUACGAUUGUUUCUUUUUUUUUUUUCUUUUUUUUUUUUUUAAGUAAUCAAUUUCCAUCGAGGAAACGUAGCGAUGAGUUAAAAAACCGAAUAGAAAGUCGUUGAAGAUAAUUUUCCUCAGACGCUCUUUUACUUAAAUACCUUUUUUUUUUUUUACUCGAUUAAUGCUUUCUUGUACUACUAUUUAUUAAAAAGCAAAGAAUGCCUUAUUUAUUGUUUAGAGAUCUGACUAAAUUAAAGAACGAGAAAAAGAAAGACGUUCUGAUUGUGGUAGGUUAUCUGUAUUUACCUAACUUAGAAUCGUUAGAAAGGGGACAAAAGAAAAAAAGAAUAAGAGGAAUUAUUAUUUGUUUACUUCGGAGUUUUUAAAAAGAACUCUGCCGGCGUUGUAAAAAACGAGACGAAAGGAUAGAAGGGAGGGAAAAAAAAAAAGAAAGAAAAGCGCGAAAUACAACAUCAUAGAUAACGAUCGUCGAGUCUCUAAGCAGUUAAUAUUAAACGAUUAGUUAAGCGAUAUUUUUUUCUUAAGCGAUCUACGUGCACGAUGUUUAAUAUCUCAUUUUCAAUUGUUCUUCCUUUCAUUUUUUUUUUUUUUUUUAAUACCGUCUUUUUUUAUCUUCGCCAGUCUGUUUACAGCGAACUUUGUCAAAGUACCUGCUUCGGAAACGAAAAGCAAACAAAAAUAAAAAAAAAGAUAAAAUAAAGGAAAGAAAAAAAGACAUAUAUUAAAUUCGCGAGAAGACAAAGAGCACACAGGUACCGUCCCGUAUAUAUUAUAAAUAGCUCAUCUACUAUUCACGUAACACGCAUCCCAUAAUUUAUGUAUCUACUCAUCGAACUGAGUUUUUAAACGCAAUUGGUUCAGCGAAUCACCAUCGUGUGUCCUCGAUUUCAUUGU